CAUCCCCUUCAAGGCCGGAACACCAUGGCAACCUUCCUCGUGCUGAAGAACCAGGCGAAGAUGCCCAUCGUAGGCCUAGGAACAUGGAAGUCCCCUCCAGGCAAAGUGGCAAGCACAGUGAAGGCGGCCAUCGAUGUCGGGUACCGCCACAUUGACUGUGCCUACGUCUACCAGAAUGAGAAUGAAAUAGGGGAGGCCAUCCAGGAGAAGCUGAAGGAGAAGGUCGUGAGUCGGGAGGACCUGUUUGUCGUCAGCAAGCUUUGGUGUACAUUCCAUGAGAAGAGCUUGGUGAAGUCCACCUGCCAGAAGACUCUGAGUGACCUGAAGCUGGACUAUCUGGAUCUCUACCUUAUCCACUGGCCUAUGGGAUUUAAGGCCGGGACUGAUAUUUUCCCACUGGAUGACAGUGGCAAAGUGAUUCCCAGUAACAUCAAUUUUUUGGAUACAUGGACGGCCAUGGAAGAAUUAGUGGAUACAGGACUAGUGAAAGCCAUUGGGGUUUCCAACUUCAACCACCUCCAGAUUGAGAGUAUCUUGACCAAGCCGGGGCUGAAGCAUGCGCCAGUACACAACAAAACCACUGCACAGGUUCUGAUCAGGUUCCAUAUCCAGAGAAAAGUGGUUGUGAUCCCCAAAUCGAUCACCCCAUCACGGAUUGCUGAGAACUUUCAGGUGUUUGAUUUUGAGCUGACCGACGAAGAGAUGGCAACUAUACUGAGCUUCAACCGCGGCUGGAGAGCCUGUGGCAUGUCCAAUUCCAGUUCUCACAAAGAUUACCCCUUCAGUGUCCCAUUUUGAGAUUCUGGAGAGCUGCCGCCCGGCAUCCAGAUGACCAGCUCCUGUUGCU